CAUAUAAAGUCACUUAGGAAUUUUUUGAUUGUAUACUAUGAAAAAGAAGAGUGAAAUUAUGUGAGUGUAAGACUUUUACUAUGUAGUUGAGGAUAGAAGACACUAAAAUAGGUAAAAAGUUAAAUAUCAAUGGAGGAGAUAGGCAGCAGUAUGACAAACAUCAUGUUGAGUGAGUCAUAUGUAGAGAGUAUACUUUGUAUUCCCCAGGAAUGAUUUAUUUGCUUUUAAUUUGGAAAUCACUGUGCUGGGCACUGUGGGGAUGAGAAGUGGUGGAAAUAAGAUGUUGGCCCUCAAAGCUUCGAGUCUAGUCUAGAGAAUCGUUAACAGGCUUGGGCACUGGGAAGCAUAGCCUUCCUCAUGGAAGCAAACUGCUGAGGACUGGACCCUAUAAAUAUAAGUGAAGGUUUCUACUGAGCUCUGCAGAGUCCUAGAAGCCUGGAUGGUUGGAGGAGAUGCUCAGCAUUCUCCAGUGGCAGGUCUGCCCAGCUACUCAGAGAAAUGGGUCCAGGGAGAGCAACCAGAUCACCCUGGUUCCCAAAGCAGUGCUUACAGACUGGAUUGGUCACAGGUCCAUGAUGAAUCCACAGAACCCUCCACCAUAUCCGGGCCCAGGCCCAGGCCCAACAGCCCCAUACCCACCUUAUCCACAACCAGCAAGUGGGCCAAUGGGGGGCCCCUACCCACCUCCUCAGGGGUACCCCUACCAAGGAUACCCACAGUACGGCUGGCAAGGUGGACCUCAGGAGCCUCCUAAGACCACAGCAUGGAAGAGAAGUUGGCUGAAGAUAGAAAUAUGGAAAGACAGCAUGGUGGUGGUAACUGAAACUUGUAUGUGGUAGAAGACCAAAGAAGAGACGACCUGGGCCCAUCUACCUGCCUCACGGCCUGCUGGACUGCACUCUGUUGCUGCUGCCUUUGGGACAUGCUCACCUGAUCAGUCUAGUCCUCCUGCCCUGCCAACUCUGCCACCACCUCCUGUAGGUGUCCUGCCCAUCUCUUCUGAUUGCUGUAAUAAAUGACUAGCUUCAACACCGGGUUUCUAGAUUAGCAGUGGUUGCUGCUGUUUAAUUCAGUGACUUGAUCUUUUUAAUGUUCAAAAUCCCUUUCUUAUUGAUCUGUAACAAAUGUGCUAAAUGACUUUCCUUUUAUUUUUUUGGCCAAAGGCUUAGUUAUAAAAUAUAUAUUUAUAAUUUUAAAAAGAUACGAAGUGGGGCCGGGGAUUUCGCUCAGUGGUUCCGCCGCCUGCCUUGCAGGUGCAAGGUCCUGAGUUCAACCCCCAGUACCAAAAAAAAAAUAUAUAUAUAUACACACACACACACACAAAGUAGUGGCAAGAUGUAAGACACCACUGAAUGAUUUCUCUGCUCACACCCUGUAUGUUUUAAUAAAUUUGUCCAAAAUAAA